CGUUAAAGGAGAGAGAAAGCCACCGCUCAUUCACAUCCUCUCCCCCUCUUUUCUCUCUCAGCCUCUCUUCUUCAACUCCACCUCCAAACCGUAAACUGAAACAAAUCAGAAGAAAUCAAAAGAAAUUACUUAAAUCAUUGCUCCCCAAACUAACCCCUUUCUCCAUCUUCUUCGUCUCCUGCAAAAAAUCGAAGUUCUCCCGUUAACCCAAUUUAAUCUGUAACCACAAAGCAAAGAGGGUUUUAGAAGCUAUGAAGAUGGUGGGUUCUAUUUCCAUGGAUGAUUACAAAGGAGUGUUGUUGAUUCUUGAACUGGCGGUGAUGUUCUCAGUGAGAAGAAGAUGGGUUGAAUCGUGCUUGAAUUGGUGGAGCCGCAACAGAUGGUGGUAGCAGCUGUUGGAAUUGCAAGCGGUGAAUAGAGAAGAAAGUAAUGUGUUGCUGCUACAGGAAAUGGGUUUUUGCCAAGCUCUUGUUACAGUGGGAGGCUCUUGGCCUUUUGCUUAUUGCAUCAGUGUCAAUCGACUUCAGUCACUGCCUGCGGGAGCUACCUCACUGAGUAUCCCACUCGCAAUGAGUGCAUAUAUAUACACGGGGAUAUUUGUAACGGUUCCAUCUAUGGCAUCAGUUUUCAAUGAAUAUGCUCUUAAGAGUCAAUUUAAUACCAGCAUUUACCUUCAGCCGGAGAGCGAGCGGAAGUUAUCCUUGGCCUCAUCCUUCGACUACCGUUACCUCAGUAGUUGUUCAAUCCUUUCUGACUCAUUAUACAAUUGUGAAUAUGCAGGACUGAAAUUGAUUGGUAUCCUAUUUGGCUUCACGUGUUCCCAAAUGUUAGAACAUAUAUGCAAGUGUCUUUGUUUUCCAUCUAUUGAUAUAUUACACAGGUUGAAAUAUCUAGGCUUGAUUAGUUCUGUAGUUUAUCAUUUUUGAUUCUCUCAAUACUCAUCAUCUAUUUAUUUUGAGAUGCUCCUUGAUUUUUGGUGCUCCUUGAUUAUCUCGUUUAAUGCUUAUUGCUAAACAUGUGCUAAGAGUCAUCAUGGUCAAGAAACAAAACAUAAUGCAUAAUAUUGCUGCACACGGACCAUCAUGGAGUGAUCAACUUCGCUACAACUUCUUGGUCCAGUGUGCAAGAGAUGGAAUACACCAAAUACCCAUGUGUAUAUAGAAUAGAGCUCUGCUGUAUUAGAUGAUACCAUUCACGGAGAAGCCAAGUUAAUAUAAUUCACGGAGUGCUUGCUCUAGUUUCCAUAAUUUUCUAGCUCUAAAAAUGAAAUGAAAAACUCAUUAGCGUUGAUGAACUCGAUCAAUUUGUUUUUGAAUUUUGCUAACUGUAUAGAUAUAACGGUGAAUUUAUAGCUAAUGAACUUGGCCUGGGAGCCCUCAUUUCCCUUCAAUUUCUAAAUGAGUUGAUUGACUAGUUGUUCUUUCUUAAUCAACUUAACCCAAAUUCGGCUAAACAUGUGACGAAAUGUUUGAUUUUUGGUUCUCCUUGAUUAUCUCUUUUAGUGCUUGAACAUGUGUCUUUAAAGUAUAUCUUAUUGUGAGUUGUAAUUUGCGUAGAAGUGGAACUUUGUAUUUUAUUGUAUUCUUAUGCUUUGUUUUAAUGGUUUGAUUUUUCGUUGGUGUAGAGAGAUUGAAUGACUUUCUUGAGAAGAAGCAAAGAGGGGAAAUUGACUACUUACUGGAGGAGAUAUAUAACAGAGUCGUUGAUUCUAGUUGGCUUGGUCGUAAAAGGCACCGAAAUUAAGUAGCUCUUCCAACCUAUUAUUCGAGAACUGUUGAACAAUUGACUGCAGUCAAAGAACAACUUGAUGCUGCAAACAGGAAGAUAGAAAGGAUGAAGAAGAGUGGGUCCAAUUUCAUCAAGUUAAUGAAUGUGGCUUUAAAGAAUUUAGGCCAAGCUCCUCUGCCUGAGAAUGCACUGGAUCCAAAUGAAGAUAGUGAAACAGAAGAUGAAAUGCAACAACUUGAAGAUGAGGACAAGGAGGAAGAAACAGAGGAUGAAGAAACUGAGGACGAAGAAAAAAAUAUGGAGGAUGGCCAGUAUGAGAAUAAUGAAGCAGAAGAGGUUGAGGAAUAUAUGUGAGCAUAAGAAGCAAAAGAGGACGAGGAAUAAACUGAAGACUGACAAUAUUUUUGGAGGACUAACAGUACUAGCUCUGGCUAAUUUUUUUUGUACAACAUUUUAGUUGGAUUUUCUUAAUCACUCACUGGGAUAUGGUCCCAAGGAUGUUGGUCCUUUUGUUUGGAUAUUAUUAUGUUGGAUGUUAUGGACAUCUAUAUCACUGUAUAUAAUUGCUAGUUUUUACUUCUAAAUUCUUGUUCAGUGGUUGGA